AUGCAAAAUGCUAACAUCAUCUCAGCCGACGUCUCUGGCGACGACAAUGCCGAACCUGUGGGAGACCUGGUCUACGACGAGCUCGGAGUUGUUUGUCCACCGCACACCACUGAGCGCCACAUGGUCUGGCGCAUCGAUACGCGCCUGAUGCCUUUUGUCAUCAUCAUGUAUCUCUUGGCUUAUCUGGACCGAAUCAACAUUGCCAAUGCAAAAACGUUCCAUCUUGCAGAUGAUCUCCACUUGACUGGCACACAAUACAAUACUGGAAUGUGGUACAAGCGUAGCGAGGCUCAAAAGCGUUACAGCCUGUUCUUCUCAUCUACGAGUCUUGCCGGUGCUUUUGGUGGUUUGCUAGCUUCGGCAAUCGGAAAGAUGGACGGUGUUCGCGGCUAUCAUGGAUGGCGCUGGAUCUUUAUCCUCGAGGGAAUCUUGACUGUUGUGGUUGCCUUUAUCUUUUUCUUUUCCUUUCCAUCUUUCCCGGAACAAGCUCCAUGGCUUCGGGAAGACGAGCGUGAAUAUGUUCGCGCCCGUCUACAGGCCGAUCAAGGUUACAGUGCAGCCGAGCGCAAGGUUGGAUUCCGCGAUGUUGUCAAGGUCAUGAAGGAAUACCGCGUGUGGCUUGGAGGUCUCAUGUAUUUUGGUCUGAUUGUGCCGGCUUACGGUUAUGCAUUCUUUGCACCAGCAAUCAUCAAGACAUACCAUUAUGACGCAAUUCAAACUCAGCUCCGCUCCGUCCCGCCAUGGGCAGCGUCAUUCGUCUUCUCUGUCGUUAUUGCAACCUUUUCAGACUGGUUCCGCCAUCGGGCGCUGUUUGCCAUUUUGCCACUGUGCCUGUCUAUUACAGGAUUCGGCAUUCUGCUCUCGGUGCACGACAACCUUCACCUAGAGUACGCGGCGCUAUUCCUCGUCGUCAUGGGCACAUACGGCGCCAUGCCCAUCAUCGUCUGCUGGUUUAACAUGAAUCUUGGAGGGCAUCAUCGCCGCUCAAUCGGUGUUGCCUGGCAAGUCGGCUUUGGCAACAUUGGCGGGAUCAUUGCCACCUACGUUUUUGUCGAUGCCGACGCUCCUUACUACGUCAAGGGCUACGCCAUCACCAUUGCGUUCACCGCCCUCAGCGCUCUCGCCUCCGUGGCUUACUUGAUCUCGCUGCUCAUCGAGAACAAGCGCCGCGCCAAGUCUGUUCACGACGUAGGCCUAUCCGAGUAUGAAAAGAGAGAGUUGGGAGAUUUGAACCCAGAGUUCAAGUACAUGUACUAG